AUGGCUCUUAUUAUUGCUGUUUAUCGUGAAGAAGUGGAUGAACUGGAAAGGGCAGUCGCAAGACCAAGAAUAUUUCGGGACCGCGAAAAUCCUUUUGAUUUUUACCCAGAUCAUGAGAUUUACCAGCGAUUUCGUUUUGACAGAGCGGGGAUACUUUUCAUUACGGAUCUUCUGGCAGAGGAUAUUGAACCACCCACUAACAGAAGCCAUGCAAUUCCUGCCUUACUACAAGUUUUCAUUACCCUAAGGUUCUAUGCCUGUGGGAGCUUUCAGCAAGUUGUUGCAGAUACAAUUAGAAUACAUCAGAGUACUGCUUGUCGAAUCAAUCACAGGGUUACAAAUGCUCUCCUAAGACAUAUCAAUGAAUUUGUGAGAUUUCCACCGAACAAUGAACUUGCAGCUGUCAAAAACACAUUCUAUGAGAUAGCCCAUUUCCCAAACGUUAUAGGAGCAGUAGACGGAACACAUGUGAAAAUCAUAUCACCACAUCAGUAUGAGGCAGAUUAUGUCAACCGGAAGAAUUUCCAUUCCAUAAAUGUACAAGUGAUAAGUAAUGCCAGGAGGAGAUUUACAAACAUAGUGGCAAGAUGGCCAGGGAGUACUCAUGAUUCUCGUAUACUUCGUGAGAGUGAAGUUGGAGAUGCAUUUGAAAGGAGAGCCCAUAAUGGAAUACUUCUGGGGGACAGUGGAUAUUCCUGCAAAUCAUGGAUUUUGACCCCCUAUCUGAAUCCACAAAAUCCAGCUCAACAGAGAUACAACAAUGCUCAAACCAGGACUCGGUCUUCAACUGUAGAAUGUACAAUUGGAAUUUGGAAACGAAGAUUCCGUUGCCUUUAUGAUGAGAUUCGUUUACAACCACUUAAAGCAUGCCGCGUCAUUGCAGCUACUGCGAUCUUGCAUAACCUGGCCAUGGACAUGAAUCUUCCAGAUUUCGAUGAUGAAGGGAUUGAUAUCCAGCCUGAGGUUGAUCCAGUACCUAAUAAUGGGCCUGACAAUGCUACCAGAGAACGUUACGUUCAGCAGUACUUCCAGUAAGGCCUGGAGAACCUCUUUGUGAAGGGUGUGAAUUUCCACCACUGUAUCUGAA